AUGAGAGAAAUCUACCAAAACGCCGCGAAAACUUUUGUUUGGCUAGGCUCUGCAAGCGUGGACAGCGAUCUUGCGAUGAACACCAUUCUCGACUUGGACAAGUUGGCAGAUUCGGGAGUGUUUGCUGUCAUGUCUUGGUCCGAGUUCCCAUUCUCCAAGAUAGCUGUCAACCCGAUGGUGGACAAGGUCCAGACCAUACUCAGAGAGAUAAUCGGAGAGCUUUGUCGGAAAACUUCCGCAAGAUUGAAAGCUAUUGGCUCCUUGUUUGAGCGUUCCUGGUUCCAGCGCGUCUGGGUGAUUCAGGAACGCGUGCUAUCGAAGGACUGCUUGGUCUGUUGCGGUGAUACUUGGAUGUCCUGGGAUGCAUUCUACGACGGGUUCUGGGUGCUCUGUGGUGUACGCGAUUACUUGAACAUUGUCGGCUCGGGCACUGGGAGGCGGGACAGCUCCACGCUGGUGGCUUUUCUCACGGCGGCUCUGGACAGGGUAACUCCCGUUGCCUUCACUCGACCAAACUCUUCACUACUCACCCUUUUCUCCUUGCUCUCGAGAAUGUCCAGUGAAGCCCAGCUCCAGGCCUCUGAUCAGCGAGACUACGUCUUCUCGCUUUUAGGCUUGGUUAGCCCAGAUUCGAGCCCGUCAAUCCCAGUCCAGUACAACAAAGAUUGGCAAACGAUUCGGACGGAGGUUGCCAAAGCCUGUCUGAUCUACUAUGGCCCAAGAAUACUACCAUUCGCCGGGUCCGGGGGCGUACACAAGUAUACCGCCGCAUUGUUAAUUCACAAACCUUCAUGGGCACCCGACUGGUCUUCGAAAUACCUGGCUCAGCCACUGCACGCCCCAUCCCUGUUCAUGGUACGAGGCAAAAACAGAGAAAAGGCAUACACGGCCUCCGGAUCACUCUCUCAGUCUCUUUCAGCCGCAUUCUUGGAAGAGAAUCGGUUCGUGAUCCCAUUAUCAUUGAAGGCCAUUAGAGUCGGCAAAAUAGUGAAGCAAGGAAGGACAUUUGGAAGGUUGAAAGGAUUGAAACCGGAUGAAGCAGAUGGCAUCCGAGCAUCAUUUCUGGACCUGUGGCUAGAUGAUCUUGAUGCCAUCUUAGCAGGUACCCCUACUGUGUACAAUACCGAUGAAGCUCUGCGAGAGGCCUUGUGGAGAACUCCAAUCGCCGAUCGAGAGUUUGCAUACAACUGGGAGACGGAACGGGCAUCCGGGGAAAUGUUCCUGUCUUACCAAGCUUUGCGACAGAGAAAGGUUUCCGAGGGCCUGAAGUACGUGAACGUUGCGAUCGCCAAACUCGUGGGCAGACAGCCCUUUGUAACUGACGGAGGCUAUAUCGGACUAGCGCCACUGGCAUCGUCCGUAGGCGAUGAGGUUUGGAUAAUUCUUGGCGCAGACGCACCGUUCAUCAUCUCAUCCCGCUCCUUGGACAAAUGCUCUCAGAUUAUUGGCGAGGCGUACGUUCAUGGCAUUAUGGAUGGCGAGCUUUUGAAGGGAACGACUGAGCUACAGACGCUCAAUCUCACGUAG